UACCUGCUCUGUAUCUGACUUACGCACUUGCAUAUUAUUGCCGCUUUGUGUAUUUGCUGUGGUGCUUUAGUUCUGCGCUAAUUAGCCUUGGCCCGAGGAACUGGCAGGGCAGUGCAUCCUCCUCCUUGUACUCAGGGGAGACGGAAAGCAGCGAUAGCGUUUCGCUGUGUGUCUUGUCUGUGUCUCAAGCUGUAGGUUCCUUUGUCUGCUGCUUUCCCUCCCCUCCCCCCACGUCUCUUUCUGUGAGACGGAAUCGCUCUCUGCUGCUGCUGCUUACUGCAGAUAGCACUCAGAACACUCGGCUGCAAAGUGUUGUGCUGCAUAUGUUUGCUUGGAUGGUCGAUGGGCAGAGGAAAAUUUGUCUUAGUGGAAGUAACCACAAGCAACAUUGGAGAGGAUAAGAUUUUCAUUUUAGACUGGCAGCUUUGCUGCCCACUUAUCCACAGAUGAAUGAAGACCCCAUUUGGAAAGGCAGCAGCUCAAAGAUCCAGAGCUGAUGCAGCUCAUGCAGGUGUUUCAGCAAAUAUGAUGAAAAAGAGAACUUCCCACAAAAAACACAAAAAUAAUAUGGGACCGAGUAAGCCAAUUUCACAACCCAGAAGAAAUAUUGUAGGGUGUAGAAUACAACAUGGUUGGAAGGAGGGCAGUGGGCCAAUAACUCAGUGGAAAGGAACUGUUUUGGAUCAAGUUCCAGUUAACCCUUCUUUAUAUCUUAUAAAAUAUGAUGGAUUUGACUGUGUAUAUGGACUUGAACUUCACAAGGAUGAAAGGGUUUCAGCUCUUGAAGUUCUUCCAGACAGAGUUGCUUCAUCUCGAAUUAGCGAUGCUCACCUGGCAGAUACAAUGAUUGGUAAAGCAGUGGAACAUAUGUUUGAAACAGAGGAUGGUUCCAAGGAUGAGUGGCGAGGGAUGGUCUUGGCACGAGCACCUAUUAUGAGCACUUGGUUUUACAUAACCUAUGAGAAAGAUCCUGUCUUAUACAUGUAUCAACUACUUGAUGAUUAUAAGGAAGGAGACCUUCGCAUCAUGCCUGACUCCAACGAUUCCCCUCCAGCUGAAAGGGAGCCAGGAGAAGUUGUGGACAGCCUUGUAGGAAAGCAGGUGGAAUAUGCCAAAGAAGAUGGCUCCAAAAGGACUGGCAUGGUUAUUCAUCAAGUUGAAGCCAAGCCAUCUGUUUAUUUCAUAAAGUUUGAUGACGAUUUCCAUAUUUAUGUCUAUGACUUGGUGAAGACAUCCUAGAUGUUAACCGGGACUUCUUGCCAAACAUAUGGAUCUAUUAAAUGUAAUAUUUGUAGACAAAUUUCACUGCUUUCUGAUGAUAGGAAAGCUUCGAUAUUCCUGCGAACUCACAAUCCCUUCCUGGAAAGUAUAAAAACAAUAUGUUGAGAACCACAGUCACAGGUUCUCUCUCUCCCAUGCGAAAAGGAACAUACCACUUCUGGAGACUGCCAUGUGUUUUUGCAUUUGGGGAUAUACCCUUCAACAGGAAGCCUGAUUGGGAACAGCAGAAGGUCAUUUAAAGUAAAUGAAAAGUGGCUGCAAGAGACCAGCUUUUGUAAAUUCUAAGAUUAAAAGUUUUCAUUUUUAAUGUUCAUUUUGUUCCCCCGCAUUCCUUCUCACUCAUUUCACUCAUACAAGUAUAAAUGGGUAUAUCUGUGUUGUACCUAACUAUUUCCUUCUCAGCCUUCAGCAUCCUUAUCUAGUAAUCCACAAUUCCUUUGUGUCAGGACGACAGCAAGAUAUUGCACUGUGUAUUGCUGAAGAGGUUUUCCACUGUAUGAGAAAUAUCAAGCACAACAGGAUCCAAACCAGAAGGCCCGCUGUCCCUGUUACGUUCAUGGUUUUCAGAUUUCAAUGUUUUGCGACAGCACCUGCCUGUAUAGAAAUGUGCGAAUGUAAGGCUGCCAGGCGCGUCUUAUCUUGGCCUAACUCCUGACAUUUGGUGGCGGGGGAACAUGUGGAAGAAAAGAGUGGUCUUAAAAGUAUUUAUUUAAUUUCCAGUGUUAUGUUAAAAGAACAACAUUGUGGUUCAGUGGCUCGUCUUCAGCCUGUCCUUUGAUAUGGGUUUUUUCAUUCACUUUUUUCCGAUGUUGUGACUUUUUUUUUUUUUUUUCUUUUUUUUUCUUUUUUGAUUCUCUUACUUUGGAUAUCUGUCUGUGAUAAAUGAUGUUGGAAAUUGCCAAUGGUGUACAGCUAGUUAUGCCUUGGAGACCUAUUGUGCAAGGAAAAGGUGGCCAUACGUGGGCAGAUUUUAGCUGCCGAGUCGGUUCCUUCAGUUCCUUGGUCGGCAGCUUAUCUGCUCCUGUAUGGAGGACUCAGGCUGGCCUGCCCGACCGACAUCCUGCUGAAAACUUUGCAAAUAUCAAUCAGACAGAUUUGAAAAUUUUGCAGUGACAGCAUUGGCUUGUUGUUAUGGUCCAUGCUUUGAUGUCCUGUAUCCCUGUAGUUGUGAUCUCAUGGUUUGGCCUUAGGGCUGAAUGAUUGGAUCAGUCCAAUAAUGCCCACCCCAAAGGUGGGCAUAUGGGGGGAAAGAUUGUUUUUUUGGUGACCUGUCCAAACAAGUGGAUAUUUUAAUGUGUGGCCUGCUUAACACUGUUAAAGGAGAAAAAUGUGUGCAGUCAGCUUUUUAUGUUGUCAUGCAUUGGGGUCCCUCUGUAUCAGAACUGUCCAAGUGGAGACAGGCUGGAAGUUGCCCUCCAUGGGAUUUUUCAGGCCCUUAGCUGGCCAUAUUGGUCCAGAAAAUUCUUAUUGCUUUAUAAUUUGCUCCUCAAAGCUUCCCGUUGCAAUGAAACAUUGUCCUUUGUUAGUUCUUUGCAUCUUUGUUGUCUUCAUUGUCUCACAUCAGGAAAUUCUUUUUGCUUUGCUCGGUUCUAGUUAUGUUUUUUUCUAAUCGUCAUUGCUUUCACCAGAUAGAUACUGAAUGAUUGAUUGAUUUCCUUUGGACAUAGAACAAUGAGCUUGAGCCUUUGCCAGCAUCUUUUGGAGGGUGCAGGGUGUUGUAUUUUAUCAGUACACAAAGAUCUGCAGUCUGAGGUGCUGGGUAAGCGCCUGUUUAUGCCGGCUAAACCAUGCCACGUGUUUUCCCGACGUACCGAUACAUCCUUUACAGGUUUCUGAACUUCUUGAGUUGCUCCGAAACCCCCAUGUUAAUGUGAGCUAUUCACUAUAUGUUACAGACUGUGUCCCGUGUAAAUGUUAUUAUGCACAAUAGCAAACCCCUUGCUGUGCUUUGGGUGUGGAUUCUGAUAGCGCUGUGUAAAUGAGCUGUAUUUAUGCACCAGAUUUUUGAUACUAAUUGAUUAUUUUGCACAAGCCAACGUACCAUGAUGAUCUCUUACCUUUUAUUUAAGGUUUGGGUACGUGAGUAACUUUCCCAGCUCAGCUUCUGCUAACGUACUGGGAGCUUUGCUUGUACAUAUGUGCAUUAGUUUCCCCCACAAGGCAGCUUAACUAACAGCAGAACAGCAGAGUUGAGAAUGAAAGAACUGCACUUAUAAGGAGUUAGUUUGUUAUAAUAUUGUUAUGAGAGUGUAUGGGAUAUGUUGAACAACUGCUGUACAUUAUACAUUAUAGCGCCAAUUUGCACUAGAUCUAAGAAAGUGGUACCCAGCCUUUCUAAGCAAGCAAAAAUCUGUGCUGUUCUGCGUGCCCUUUUAUUAAGGUAUUUAGUGGGACUGUUUUGGCUGGCUGCCCUAUCUCUCUCUUGCGUACAGCAACAAAUCCUCAGUAUCUUUCUCUAAAUUCAACCUUUGUGGCUUAAAUAUGUUAUCCGAGUCCGCCUUAAGGCCUGUGCCUCAUUUUGUGAAGUUUGUUAGUUUUCACAACAUCAAAACAUGUAUUUGCAGUGUUUGUACAUUGCUCUUCUAGCAGUAUGUCCCAUAGCUGGCAAAGGCAGGGGUCAGUUAGAUUUUUAUUUUAAAGCAAUUAAGUUAAAAUUGUUCCUGGUGUUUCUGAGCAGAUUUGCAACAGUGUUUCUAUCCUGCGGAUCUAUACAGUACAUUUUAUUGACUCUGAAGAGUCCUGCAUGUAAAUCUGAAAGCAGAGCCUGGCUCCGUGAGCCUCAUUUGCAGUUACACAUGCAAUACAUGUGUCAUAGACACGCCCAAUAUGUGCAGGAAAUACCCGCCUGGCCUGCACUAUGCAUACUUGGGGGUGCUUGUGCUUUUAUAUUUUGUUACUGUUAUAUAAGCCUAUUUUAUUAGGUAUACAUUAACAUUACUUCUAUUUUUUUUAUAUAUACCUUUUUAUCUUUGUUUUAUUCUUUGGAUAACUUCUCCCACCCACUAUUUUCUUUAAUUUCCUAAACCUUAAUGCACUUCUUGGGUGUUUAAAGGCAGAAAUCUCUCCCCACCCGUAUCUGUUAGGCUUCUAUGAGAGGCUCCUGUUUUAGAUCUGCAUGCAGUGCUUGUGUGGGACCCUGCUAGCGCCCGUUGAAUUCUAGUUUGGGGUGGGUUGGUUCUUAUUGACUUUUCUCUCCAACAAAGGAAAAAAAAAAUCAUCACAGGGCUUGUAAAUGCAGAAUUUCUGUGUAAAGAGACUGGCCUUUCAUUUACCUGCUGUAGAAAUGUAACCCAUGUAUGUGUGAUGUCAGGCUGCCAUGUACUACCCUCAAUAUAAAGAGACAAAACUUAACACAGACCAUUCUUUUUGCAUGCAUAGUUAGUAUGUUUAAUGUAACAAAAUAAAGUUGCAUGUUAAACAGGUUUUUUUUUCUUUU